GAAGAAUGGAUGCAGGAUUGCUGAAAACUUGGUCACAGGACUUGGUGACCUUUGAGGAAGUGGCAGUGGACUUCUCCCAGGAGGAGUGGGCACUGCUAGACCUUGCUCAGAAAAUCCUCUAUAGAGAUGUGAUGAUGGAGAACUUGAGGAACGUGACCUCCGUGGGGUAUCAUCUCUGCGAACACCGUCUGGUCACUGAGGUGAAGCAGGAAGAGCCGAUGACGGAUGAGAGAAGAAUUCUCCAAGGUGCCUGCUCAGACUCAGCCACUCAACUUAAAUCAAAACAUGCAAUUCCUGUGCAGAAUGUUCCCGGGGAAAAGAUUUCCAAUGGCAUAAAAAUGGAUGAUGCCCUCUGA